UCAUGAUCUGUAAAGUUGCCCUAGAUAUAUAUAAAUAUAAUUUAUAAAUAUAUAUAUACAAUGCUAUCUCCUCUCCAGCCAAACCAAGACCCAAUCUAAUAUAUAUUUCCUUCUAAACCCAAAAAGUCCGUGCCCAAAGAAACACCCCAUUAGCAAGCGCAAGAGCAAGCGCCUUCUGUAUACUGCUAUAUCUAUCUACCAAAGCCAGCCCUCUACCUUCCAAAUACAGCUCUUCGCUACAAUAUUGAAGCCGAUCUUCGACGAGUGAAUAGGAGGAAGAUGUCUCGCACAUGCUCGCAGUGCGGGAACAACGGCCACAACUCGCGCACCUGCACGGACGCCGGCGGGGGAGAGAGCGGAAUCAUGCUGUUUGGCGUGCGGGUCACUGAGGGAAACUCGUUCAGAAAGAGUGCCAGCAUGAACAAUCUCUCGCAGUACGAUCAGCAGCCUCAAGAUUCCAACGCUGAGGCCGGCUAUGCCUCCGACGACGUCGUUCACCCCUCCGGUCGCUGCCGUGAGCGCAAGAGAGGAGUGCCAUGGACUGAGGAGGAGCACAGACUUUUCCUGCUGGGCUUGCAAAAGGUAGGAAAAGGAGAUUGGAGAGGGAUUUCGAGAAACUUCGUAAAAACACGAACUCCAACACAGGUGGCGAGCCACGCUCAGAAGUACUUUCUCCGCCGCACCAACCAGAAUCGGAGACGCCGGAGAUCUAGUCUCUUUGACAUCACUGCUGAUACGUUUUUGGGUUCCUCCAUGGACGAAGAUCAAGUGCACCAAGAAACUGCACCGCUGCCGAAGCCACAGCCACAUCUAAGCCAUAGUCAUGGUGGGUUUCCGUUGUCAAGUUUUCCCGUGGCGCUCGCUCCGGCUGUGGUAGCAGUACCACUUGCUGUUGAAAACCCGUUGGAAAAUCUCUCUUUAGGACCCAACAAUCACGUAAGGAUGUCAAGCAAGCCCAUCAGGCCGAUACCUAUGCUACCAGUCCCUCCAUCUUCAAAAAUGGCCGAUCUUAAUCUGAAUCAGAAAACGCAAGCGGACCCAUCGCCUUUGUCCCUGAAGCUCUCUAUAGAAUCGUCGGGUGAGCAGUCACCACCGGCAACACACUCGUCAGCUUUUCAGGCUAUUCCCGGCAACUUCAGCAGCAGUGGAGAUAGCAUUAUCAGUGUUGCGUAAAGAAUAUAUGCUGAAGACCAUGCUGUAAAGGUUGCAGACCAAAGUUGGGAUUAGUUAUGAUAAAAUUUAAUUCAAUUAGGCUGGAAACUAAAGAAAAAAAGGAAUCAGGUUAUUAGGUAAGUAGGUGAUUAGUUGCUUGUCUGUACAGAUUUAGAGAAAAUCUAUCUAGGUAAAUAGGAUGUCGCUUUCAGUGUGGUGGAUUCUUGUUUGAAUGUCUGGUUGCUUUUGGAGUGAAAUGAUAAGAGCAUCAGGUACCUUGCCUAUUAUGUGUUCUGCUCUGGUUUGUUGGAGCUUCAACUAGGAAAAAUAUCUGAAAGUUGAAUAUUCUCUUUAUCUGAUAA